AUGUCGUCUGGGCAAAGCGGAGGGUCUGAUGCAUCAACUGCAAUGGGUGCAGCUUCACCUCCAGCAGCAGGGAGAGUUUCUGUCAGAUAUCUGUGUUGCUUAUUCUGUUGCCCUCCGUUCCCGUCCUCCAUCGUCUCGAAACUAGCUUUUAUGCCUCCUGAAUCUAGUUACACGAUUACGGAAAAUAAUAGGUUACAUUUACUGGAAGGACGAGCAGAAUGGCCACAUGAUCCAGAUUAUCUUAUGUCGAAUGUGGAGAUGUAUGUUGCUAGAACGCGACGACGAAACAAGAUUUCCUGUGUUUACGUGCGUCCCGUUCCGAACGCAUAUUUCACCUUACUCUUCUCUCAUGGAAAUGCUGUUGACAUUGGGCAGAUGACGUCCUUUUACUGGGGUCUUGGCCACCGUCUUGGUUGCAAUGUAUUUAGCUAUGAUUAUUCUGGUUAUGGAUGUUCAACAGGAAGGCCUUCUGAGAAGAAUUUAUACGCCGAUAUUACGUGUGCUUUCGAGACUUUGAAAACGAAAUUUGGUGUUCCUGCUGAUCGAAUAAUACUCUACGGGCAAUCCAUAGGUACAGUCCCCAGCGUGGACUUAGCCAGUCGCGAAGAAGUAGCUGCACUAAUUCUCCAUUCUCCUUUAAUGAGUGGCAUGCGUGUUGCCUUCCCUGGAACACAACGCACAUGGUGUUGCGAUGCCUUCCCAUCUAUCGAGAAAGUUCCUCGUGUGAACUGUCCUACUCUUGUCAUCCAUGGAACAGAUGACGAAGUGAUUGAUUUUUCACAUGGCGUUUCGAUUUAUGAGCGCUGCCCUACAUCUGUUGAGCCGUUGUGGGUAUCAGGUGCCGGCCACAACGAUGUUGAACUACAUGCAGCAUACCUGGAGCGAUUGCGGAAUUUCAUUGACAGCGAAGCCCGACGUUCAAAAGAUGACAUUGGCGUCCGUGUUUAA